AUGGAAAAGGAAGACCCCACAAGAGCCAAAAUAGGGGAAGAAUCCAAGGGGAGAGGAAAAUCUCCUCACAUCUUCCAGGCUGGAAGUAUUGAGGAAUUUUUGCAAAGGAGACCAGGAAAUCUGAUGGAUCAGCAAGCAGAGGAGAGUUCUCUUUCCCUUGCACAGUGGGAAGCCCAGUGGCAGGAGUUCCUCAGGUCAGUGGAAAACCCUCACUCUGGAUGGGGAAUCCCACACUCGCCACCUAAACCUUCCCCUUGGGAAGAUGCCAAAGCUUUUCUGGCCUCCUUUGAGCAAGUGGCUGAAGCCUGUCAGUGGCCCCAGGAAGAGUGGGUGAUCCGACUCCUGCCAGCCCUCAGUGGAGAAGCUGCGAAGGCCUUUAACAGACUCAUUGCCAGAGACAAAGAGGAUUAUGGGAAGGUGAAGGCAGCCAUCUUGCGAGGGGAUGCCCUGUGCCGGGAGAAACAGCGCCAGCUGUUCAGGUGCUUCUGCUACCAGGAAGCUGAGGGGCCAAGAGGGGCCUACAGCCGACUGCGGGAAAUGUGCCAUGGGUGGCUGAGAGUGGAGAAUCACAGCAAGGAGCAGAUCCUGGAGCUCUUGAUCCUGGAGCAGCUGCUGAGUGUCCUGCCCUCGGAGAUCCAGAGCCGGGUGAGGGAGAGCAGCCCCGAAAGCUGCUUUCAGGCAGUGGCCCUGGCCGAUGAGUUCCUCUUGAGGCAAGAGAGGCAGGUGACAGAUGUCGCCUGGAGCACCAUCUGCAGGCUUUCACCGUAA